AUGUCUUCUCAGCACGCCAGCGGCGACCAUUACCGCAAUUAUCAAGAUGAUAGAUCCGCUAAGUCCCAGGAUACUGUUUACACAACUAGCAAUGGCGUUCCUAUGCCUCACCCCUACGAGACCCAACGCGCAGGAGACAAUGGACCUCUGCUCUUGCAAGACUUCCACUUGAUCGACCUUCUUUCUCACUUCGACCGCGAGCGUAUACCCGAGCGAGUCGUCCAUGCCAAGGGCUCCGGUGCCCAUGGAACAUACAAGACAACCAACACUCUCGAGGACCUCUGUCUCGCAGACAUGUUCAAGGAAGGAAAGGAAUGCCCAGUCACUGUCAGAUUCUCUACUGUCGGUGGCGAGUCUGGUUCUCACGAUUGUGCUCGUGAUCCACGAGGAUUCUCAGUCAAGUUCAAGACUGAAGAGGGAAAUUGGGAUGUCGUGGCGAAUAACACACCCUCCUUCUUCCUACGAGACCCAGCCAAGUUCCCACAUUUCAUCCACACCCAGAAGCGGAAUCCCUCAACUCACCUUACUCAUGCCGACGAUUCGACCGUGUUCUGGGACUACCUCUCCCAAAACCCCGAGUCUAUCCACCAAGUCAUGAUCCUCAUGGGUGACCGUGGUAUCCCCGACGGCUACCGAUUCAUGCACGGUUACUACGGCCACACCAUCAAGCUCGUCAACAAGGCCGGCGAAUGGGUAUAUUGCCAACUCCACAUGAUCUCGCAGCAAGGCACCAAAUUCAUCACUCAGGAAGACUCCGCCACCAAAUCACCCGACUACUCGCAAAAGGAUCUGUACAACGCCAUCGAGUCUGGCGACUAUCCCAAAUGGUCCGUCGAAGUUCAAACCAUGACCGCCAAGGAAGCCGAAGAACUCUGGGAAAAGCAAAAGAUCAAUGUCUUUGACCUCACACACGUCUGGCCCCACAAGCAAUUCCCACUCCGUAAAGUAGGAGAGUUCACCCUGCACGAAAACGCUCAGAACUACUUCGCGGAAAUAGAGCAGGUGGCAUUCAACCCGUCUCACAUGGUUCCCGGUAUCGAGCCCUCUGCCGAUCCAGUUCUGCAAUCACGUCUAUUCUCCUACCCAGACGCUCACCGACACCGGGUCGGCGUCAAUUACCAGCAACUUCCCGUUAACGCCCCAAGGGUCAAUUACCGCAUGGCCAACUUCCAGCGAGAUGGUAGCAUGGCGUUCCUCAACCAGGGUGCAAGACCAAAUUACAUCUCUAGCAUCGAGCCCAUCCGUUUCCGCGAGCGCAGCGUGAAUUUGGAUAAGACUCACGGACACUUCAUCGGGAACGCAGUUACAUUCUUAAGCGAAAUUCGCGAGGAAGAUUUCACAGCCCCAAGAGCGCUGUGGGAGAAGAUUUUCGAUGCCAAGGCAAAGGAAAGGUUUGUUGGGAAUGUUUCAGGACAUAUGGAGAAUUGUAAGGAUAAGGAGAUCAUCAAGAGGCAGAUUGCUAUCUUCCGUGAAGUUAGCGAGGAUUUGGCAUCGAGGUUGGAGAAGGCCACGGGGGUUAAGGGAUAUGAUGGGAUUACGGGGAUGACGUUCAAUGGGACGCACAAUGGGAUGGGAGGGGCGAGGAAGCAGGCCAAUGGCAUGAAGAGUACGGGAGGUAACGAGCAGAAUGGGGCACCUGUUAAGGGUAGUCAUGCUGGUGCUGCGGGGGCGAAGGGAAUCAAUGGACAUGCGAAUGGGGUCAAUGGUCACAGCAAUGGGGUUGAAGCUCCUUUGAAGGAUCCGAUAACGCUGUGCAAGAUGUUUCUACGUCUUGUCAUUGCAGUGCUUGCCAUCGGCAAUGUACUUGCACAAACCUCCAACCAAACCUCCCUGCCGCAAUACUCCACCAACGCCACUGCUCGCGCUCAAGCCAUUGCGGUCAAGAGAGCUGGCUGGUUGUAUGGUCCCGGCUUACUCAAUGGUCCUUUCUACCCCGCUGGCCCAUUAGGUGCUGCUCGUACCGAACGCGACCUUGGUCUGUUCGCUAUUGACGAGGCAUGGAUCAACGGUAGCAUCAACGCUGAUCUUCCAGCUAUUGAGGCAGCCGUCAUCGGAAAUGGAGGAUUCCAUAACCUUGCAGACUAUGUCAACCUUCUCUAUGUCAACAAGUUGGGCGACGCAGUCCCUGGUGGCGAGGAUCUUGGUAUUCUCACCAACUACACUGAAGACCUUCUGUUCAGCAUGGAACGUCUCUCCGAGAACCCUUACUCCAUCCGUCGCGUCAAGCUUACUGACACACUGCCUUUCACUAUUCCGGACUCGACUUCGAUAUCACUGUCUAGCCUUACACUCCGAGGUUUACAACUCAGUAGCCGUUUGUUCAUUGUGGAUCACAGCUAUCAAGCCAAAUAUCCAACCAACGCUCGCUUUGGAGGCUACUGCACUGCUUACUUCUUCAUCGAUCCCAAGUCCGGCAAUUUCCUUCCGUUGGCUAUCAAGACCAAUAUUGGAGCAGAUCUUGUCUACACACCUUUGGAUGGAGCAAUUGAUUGGUUGUUUGCGAAGAUCUUGUUCAAUGUCAAUGACUUCUUUCAUGCUGAGAUGUAUCAUCUUGCUGCUACCCACAUGGUUGGUGAGAUUGUACACGAAGCUGCGAUGAGAACCUUGAGUGAUGAUCAUCCCGUUAUGGCUUUGUUGGAGAGAAGUGGACUAGAAGACCAAGGUUUCUUCAUCAAUAGCACAGGAUGCAUGGACUUCAUCACAGACUUCUACCCAACUGCUGGUGCCUUCCAAAGCAACUACCUAGAAGUUGGCCUCCAAGCUAGCGGCCUCCUUGGCCCUGCUACUCAACCUGCCUUGAAGAGUUUUCCUUUCUACGAAGACGCCAGCACAAUCCGAAACGUGAUUCUUCAGUUCAUGACUUCCUUCGUCAACGCAUACUAUGCCAACGAUGUUGUUGUUGCAUCUGACAGUGAGCUCCAGGCCUGGUUCGUAGAAGCCAAUGGCCCUGCCAAAGUCAUUGACUUUCCAUGCUCUCCAUCGGGCGCCUUCCACGCAUGUGGAAAGGCAGACCUGAUUGCAAUCCUAACCCACACUGCUCUCCUCACCGGAGUCAUUCAUCACGCUCUCAACACAGGUGACAUGAUCACCACCUCAGGAACCCUCCCCUUCCACCCCUUCGCCCUGCAUGCACCCCUCCCUACAACCAAGGGCCUUAACAUCACCCAACUCCUAACCUACCUCCCCGGCCCCGCCGACGCAAUCUUCCAACUCGACCUCCUCUCCGUCUUCAACCGCCCCCAAUACGCCGCCCAAAACCGCACCCUCGUCCACGCCUACAACGACGCUUCCUUCCUCUCUCAAUUUAACGAGCAGGUUACCGUUGCGGAGGCUGGUUAUAGACAAGGCAUGGAGACUAUCGGUGCGGAGAUUCGGGGUCGCGGAUUCGAUGCUGAGGGAUUGAGUCAGGGGAUGCCUUUUGUUUGGAAGAAUCGUCUAGAUAUUAUUGGUGUUGGCGUUCUUGCAUGCGAGAUGAUUGGCUUGCUUUUGAAGUAG